GGCCCCAUCCUAUUGUUCCUUUUUCAUUUUGGAUUUUCAUAAAGUUCUGCAGAGGGACAGAGACCGCGAGCAAGCGAGAGAGAAAUGUUGCCGGAGUGGGCACCGCCGUGCGGGAAUGAAUGCACACACAAAUUCGCUGCUCUCACCCAGAUUCCUUGGAGAGUAUUUUGUAAGAAAGGAUGUGGCGCUGAUGGAGAUACAUGGGAGGAUUGCUUGGAACAGUGUGAUGAGAUAUGCUACAAAGACCCGGUAUUAGAGGCCCAGCAAUGGAGUGCAUACAUUGAUCGUUCUCCUGGUGCAGCAAUUUAUUCCCAGAAAUGUUUCCAUGCUUGUGUAGCUGGCUGCGGUUACAAGUAUAAUAUUCCGCGAGAAAAAGUUGAUCAAGUUAAUCCAAAUAGGCCGACAAAUCCUCUGCCAGUACAGGAACCAAAACAAUUGCCCCCAAGAAUUGUUGCCAGUCAACCACCUCCAUCUAGCUUGGCAACCACAGAUAUCCUUGGCAGUUCAGCAUAGGCAAUAGUCAGCACUCAGCAGUUCUAAUACUCUGAUUUUACCGUGUACUUUAAUGUCACAUAUCAUCUUUAUUAGUGUUAAGGGACCUCUUUGUCGGAGGGAAGUUUCAUCUUGGCCUGCUUAGCUUCUUUGGCUUUAAAAUCAGUAAUCGUAAGGUUGCCUCUUGCAGUAUAUCUGGUGUCGUAGGAAAUUUUUGUACAACUAAUUUAGAAUCUUACAAACCUGUUGUACUUUGGUAAAAUGGUGGUGCAAAGCGAAUUGAAAGAUUGUGUGUGUAUUUUCUUUAAAUUCA